GUCAGGCGGCAGCGGCGGCGGCCUCGCCCCGGGGGCCGCGGGUGCCCGGCUGGGGCCGCUUACGGUUCGCAGGGAGCCGCGAACCGAACCGGAUUAAACCGGAGCGGACUAGACCGCAGCGGCCGGGCCCGAGCGGCCCCCGCGGAAGCGCCGUGACCAGCGGUGACCGUUGGGGCGGCCGGAGCCCCUCGGAGCCGUCCCCGAGAUCACCGGCCCGGAGUGACUCUCUGAACCUGUGAAAUGGCAGUGAUGGGAAUUACAUGCCAAGGAGCUCCUGAUCCAAAUAUCAAGCACAAGAAGGAGCUCACGGCUACAAAGGGGCUGAAUGAGACAGUGAGUGAAAAGCAAAGCAGUGUUUGCAAAGUAGAAGAUUCAAAGAAAGUUGCCUUUCAUAGUCCUUGGAAAAUCCUGAAUGAUGUAAUCACCAAAGGAACAGCAAAAGAAGAAACAGAAGGAGGCUCUGCCUCAAUUUCUAUUAUUGCCCAAGCAGAAUGUGAAAACAGUCAAGAGUUCAGCCCUACUUUAUCAGAGAGGUCCUUCAUCGCUCAUAGUAAGCGUUACAGCCGGUCAGACAGUCUUGAUCAAAUCCCUAACAAUGUGGCCCAUGCAACGGAGGGGAAGAUGGCACCUACCUGUUGGAGAGGGAGGCAUCGUGGUAAAAACAGAAAGAAACGUCAUAAGAAAAGAUCCAAGCUGAAAAUACAAACAGUGGCUGCUGGCAGACGUAGCCCCAGAACUCCAGAACAAGAAAGCUGCACCCCAAUUCCAGUCCAGGAGGAUGAAACGCACCAAAGUACUCUCUACAGAAACAAUUUCUGGGUUUCAGAACUUGGCAAGGAUUUGGUCUAUGAUCCACUGCUGUUUGAGAAACCUGGGAAAGUUCUGUCCACAGGCAAACUCCAUUCACCAAGGAGCCAGUACAAAACAGAACUGCACAAGCUGAUUAGCCCUGUUCAGUGCCUUAAUCAUGUUUGGAAACGGCACUAUCAGAGGGACAGUGUUCCACAGCCUGAAACGCUUCAUCCUUUUCCGUACAACAUCAUACCUCCUCAUUUCCCACUUCUGGACAGUCCUCUCCAUGCCAUGAAACUUAAUGCUCUGGGAACAUACUUCCAUGGUGCUUUCAACUAUCAAGAUAGUGAGCAUCACUUAUCUGGCCUAAACUUAGAAUGCAGUUUCCCCAGAUGCGUCAACCAGUCCAUGAAAACCAGUUCGGACAAGAUUUCUGUGGAAGAAUACUUGGUAGACGCCUUGAAGGGGAGCGUGAGUCUCGGUGAACCGCAAAAUUUAGCCAGCCUAGCCAAAACGUGGAGAGGAGGCGGUCUGGACCUGAAGGAACAAUUCCAAGAAGCAGAUGAAAAUGAAGGCGUGCUACUUAAUGAGAAACUAAAGCCAGUCGAUUAUGAGUACCGAGAAGAGGUUCACUGGACCAAGUGUCACGGUUCUUUGGGCAUUGGCUCUUUUGGAGAAGUAUACAAAAUAGAGGACAAGCAGACAGGAUUUCAGUGUGCUGCCAAAAAGGUACAAGUUGAACACUUCCGUGCAGAGGAGUUAACAACAUGUGCUGCAAUAACAAGUCCUAAAGUUGUCCCCUUGUACGGAGCUGUGAAGGAAGGGCCUUGGGUGACUAUCUUCAUGAAGCUGAUGGAGGGUGGCUCACUGGGUCAACUAAUUAAACAGAGUGGCUGCCUGCCGGAGGAUAGAGCUCUUAGUUAUCUGGGGCAGGCUUUAGAGGGGUUGGAGUAUCUUCAUGCUCAAAACAUUCUUCAUGGAGAUGUAAAAGCGGACAAUGUGCUCUUGUCUGAUGAUGGAAGCAGGGCUCUUCUCUGUGACUUUGGUCAUUCUGCUCACCUUCAUCCAGAUGGCUUGGGAAAGUGCUUGAUCACAGGGAACUAUGUACCUGGCACAGAGACUCACAUGGCUCCAGAAGUGGUCAUGGGAAAGCGCUGCGACUCUAAAGUGGAUGUCUGGAGCAGCUGCUGUAUGAUGCUGCACAUGCUCAACGGGUGCCACCCGUGGACCCAGUAUUACAAUCAUCCUCUCUGUCUAAAGAUAGCUAAAGAGCCACCUCCUCUGAGGGAAAUUCCGCCCUCUUGCAACCCUCUCACUGCUGAGAUUAUUAAAAUGGGCCUGGAGAAAGAGCCUGUUCAGAGAGCAUCUGCAUCUGAACUGAAAACUAAGACCACAGUUGCACUUGAAGAAGUGGGAGGUGUGACAAGCCCCUGGAAAGGCGAAUACAGGGAGCCUAGACAUCUAGCUUUGAGCGAAGAAAACCAUCAACAGACCUCUCUGUCCCCCACAAUGAGCCCAGUUUCUGAGAUUGAUUCUGACCCAAAAUUGGCAGUUAAAGUUUCUUGUGCAAGCCCAGACCUACCACCACCAUCUCUGGAGCAAACAGAGGAGGUCGAGGGAACCCCUUGGAACCUGUGCAAGGAGUUAUCUGGGAUCUGGGAUCCUCCACCUUUCUCUUCUUUGGCUCCUCUGCCCCUAAAGAGCUGCAGCCACGUGGAGAGAGCAACAACCAUUUCAGAACAAGAGCUUCAGCAGCUGGAAAUAGAACUGUUCUUGAACAGCCUGUCACAGCCUUACUCACUGGAAGAGCAAGAACAAAUGCUUUCCUGUCUCAGUAUCGACAGCCCUUUUGUGUCGGAUGCCAGUGAAAAGAACUCCCUGAAGGCUUCUCAUAGCUUGAGGGACACCAUGAGCUCUGGGAUUCAUUCCUGGAACAGCCAGACAGAUGGGCAGAGUUUCAGUUGGAACAACCUGCUGAAUCGCAGUCGACACACGGACACUCCCAGCUAUUUCAAUGGAGUAAAAAUCCAGAUUCAGUUGCUAAGUGGAGAAAAUCUACACAUCAGGGAUUUCCACAGAACAAAGGUGGGAGACAUUGCCACUGGGAUAAGCAGCCAGAUACCGGUCCCUGCUUUCAGCCUGGUGACCAAAGAAGGCCAGCCCGUCCACUAUGACAUGGAGGUCCCAGACUCUGGUAUUGAGUUGCAAUGCACCCUUGCCCCUGACUGCAGCGUUAGCUGGACGUGGAGAGUCAAGCAUGGGCAACUGGAGAACAGGCCAUGAAGCUAUUUUUGCUUUGGAGGUUUUCACCUUGUUGAAAUAAGGAAUUGCAAAAGCUUCUAGCCACCUCUGCCAUCAAGCACCGUGUGCAGUUGCUGGUGUUUUGUGCUGAAGUAGGAUAGCAGUUCAGCAGCUCACUGCUCUAGGGCCUCACUUGUUGUCUGUCCUGAUCCAGUUCCAAGACAUGUCCUGAGCUCUGAUGUUCCCCAGAACAAUGGGAAUUGUAUGUUUGGGGUUUGAGUGUUAGAUUGAGCUUGAAAAUGGUGGGUAGAAAUCCCUGCUUUGCAGAGGACUACAAUUGUGCUUUCCAGGAGAGUACAGGGAUUGGAUGGGAACACUUGUUGCUCAGCCUCUGAAGUGAAGCCAGUAGUGACCGGACUUGAUAGAAGAAGGAGGCUGAGUGUCUUUAGCGUAGCUAUAGUUGUUUGUGCCGAAGGGAGCUGGCUCAUUUCCUUCUUGGUGGAGGAAGGCUUUGGGUAGUAUCAUCUCUACCUCCAGCCUUUUGCAUGGGGAAAAUUGAAAGCAAGAACUGGCUAGGUUCUUGGUUUCACCUCCCAUCCUUCCCGGCAGAUGCUUCCAUCUUGAAUCAGAAAAGAACUUUGUUCCAAGAAAGAACUUUGCUUGCAGCUCUCAUCUUCAUAUCUCCUCCCUGAAUUAGGAGCUGACACAUCCUUCUUUGGUGUUGCUACCAAAAGAGGGAGUAGAACGAUCUAGCAGGAAAGGUAAGAGGAUUGUAUUCCUUAGUGGGUAGAGCAGGAGGAUUGUAUUCCUUCGUUCUGUUUCCACUGCUGCUGCUGACUUGCAGCGACAUCACUUGAGUUGUCCCAUCUGUUCAGCUCCCCCUGGAGGGAGAAAGAACGGCGGCUCUAAAAGCUUAGGCAAGGUCUGAGUUUUGCUGCCUCAUUUAAAGAAAAAAAAAAACAAAACAAAACAAAAACAAAACCUCACUCCCAGCUAUUAGUCGAGCCAGCCAUCCUGCCUCCCUGCUGGAGAUUAUUGCCCUGCAGCAGGCUUGGCAAGAGGGAACGUGCCUGUGGCUCAGGUGCCCCAGUUCUGCGUGUGUUUUAACUCGACCUGUCUUUGGCAGCACCGACAGACUGGCACCAGGCUUUGUACUCCUCCCUCUGUGUCAAAAUGUGUUAAAGGAGGGGUAUGGACAGCUGGGGCCAUAAUGCUUUAAGCUUUUGUGAAUUUUACACUGGUUUUAGCACUUUUUUUUUUUUUUAACUUAGUUCGGAGCAUACUGAAAUUGUGUGGGUCAACUCCAGACAGGCAAGUGUUGCUAGCCCUCCUAUAACCCAGAACAAAACCAGAGGAGCCAUAAGCUUUGAAUGUACUUGUGCAGCACUGCAGUAAGUCCUUGCGCAUCCGGAAAUCAGUGUGACAGUCACUUGACAGCGUGCUGCAGCUUUUCCAAAAAGCUGCAAGUACAGCAGCCACUGAGCGGGAGCUAUUUACGUCCAGGAUGAACUGAGAAAUGGCUCCCAAGAAGCAAGAUGGGGUCCUGCUGGAUCCACGCUGGUCCUGGGUGGCACAAAGAGGCAGGAAUGUUUGCAGCUUUCUCGAGUGAAGUUCAGCUACAAAAUAGCUGGAAAAAAAAUGUACUCUGUGCCUCCCAUUUUGAGGACUUGAGUUUGCUAAGCGACUGAUGUUCUUUCCCUUUGGUUUCCAGAACAUUGACUGUUUCUUGAUAUCCUAGGCAGUGGCAUCCAUAAUCAGAAAAUUGAAGUUGGGAUGCAAGAAAAAAAGAGGAACUCUUGAAGAAAACUGUCACCACUGUGUAGUUUUUAUAGCACUUUUUGUUCUAAAGCACUUAAUACGUUGUCCAAAAUAGGAACCUAAUUAUAGCUGAAAUGCAGCCACAUUAAGGGUCUCUUUUUUGUAAACAGUUAACAUGUUACACACAUCUCUUCCAGUAAGGAGUUGAAGGAGGGGGAAGAGGCAGGUUGGUGCAAUCUCUUUUCUUCAGGUGCCGUAAAGCAGACAGAAUCUUCAGCUCUGGAGUAGAAGGCAUCGAAACACCUCUCUGGAGCUCCUGAACUGAUGGUUAGUGCAGCGACCGAACGUCCUGCGCCUAGUGCCUUCCUAGGCUUCCUCUGAAGAAGAGGAGGAGAAAAACUUGUUGAUUGUUCUUAAGAAAACGGUGGCAUAAUAGCAAUGUGUCAGUAUGAAAGAACGGUCUGUUCCCCGCCCAAAUGCUGCCGCUCGUGGCUUUCACUGUUGCCUCUAAAAUGCUUCACUGUGCAGGUGAGACGCCGCUGACCUUGCGGUAUCUCGGUUUUUGACUUCCACGACGGUCUCCACCCCAACGGUGUUUGCCUCAAGUUCUGCCGAGCAGGAGGGCAGCAGGCAGCAGCCCUCUGUUUGCAGGACUUCGGAGCCUUACUCUUCAUUUAUAGCAUUAACACUAGUCUCUAGCCACCCACACGAAUGGCUAAAAGGUGGUAAAUCCUUGUGAAUCCAGAAUGUCCGUGGUGGGUAGAUGGAGGUGCUUCUGUUUUCCGGGGCUCCCACGCCAGCAUUAGCCGGUAUCUCCAUCCUGCUUGUUUCGUCCAAAAACCUCAGUUGUAUUUUGCUGUCCCCUCAAACGAGAAAGUGAGGCUGCAGAUUUACAUGUAACCAUCGUUUACAUGAGGGUCAGACAAACAGGCUGUGGUGGCAGCUGUCCCUGUAUUAGAUGGGAAAGAUGCUUUAACUGAUACCACAAACCACUGGUGCUUUCUUACUGUCCUGAGAUGUGGUUCUGCUCUCAGAAGCAUCUCCAGGGUCUUAAUGUUUUGUUUUGUUUUGUUUUUUUCUGUCUAUCAGCUUGGGAUCGCCUUGACUCUCUCCCCUUGCCAGGACAGUUUCCUGUUGAUUUGGCCAGUCAUUUUUGCUGUAACGGGCAAAAAAACCCUCCAGCUUUCAGAUAAAGGCUGGCUGUGCAAUACUGACAGAAGAGAAAGUCAAGGAAGCUUUUUAUUAUUCACAUUAAAAUUUCUUUGAAACUGUGUGUAAUGGCAUAAUUAGUCUUUAGGACAGAACCACAGCUCAGGGUAGAGAGGAUAAAUAGCAGUAAAAGUGACAAUAUAGAUGGCUCUGGUCAUAUAGCUCCUCCCUAAAGUCUUGGGGAAAAUUGAAUCGCUAUUGGCAAAGCGACACGAAGCUGAUGAUCUCUUUGGGGCGGGCAGUACUGGUGGGGGGGAAGGCAACGGAAUGGCUAGCUUGUGUUGAACAAAUGACACUUUAUAAAGCUGUGAUUUCUUGAAAUUAACAUUUCAACUUGUAUUUUCACAGAAAAAAAAUAAAAGUGGAGGAAAAAAA